AUGAGUGCUAAUAAUCGUAAUAUUGAGAAGAAAUCAACAGAAAAGCGAACACGCCUAAUUGAAAUGAAGUUUAAACGGCGUAAGCAAAUUUCCAAAAGCUUUAAACUCUUGCAAGAUUCUGUUCAAUCAAUACAAGUCGAUGAGGAUGUAAGCGAUGACGACUAUCAGGAAGAAAUAUUAACGGAAACACUUUCUCACAUAAAGUAUAAGGAGCCCGAAAAUGUAUCCAAUAAACAAAGUUCCAAUGAUAUGAGUAUCGAUGCUCUGAUGAAGGAACUUAAAAUAUCAUUAUCUCAUACGAAAAUGUUAGCAAUGUUCAAGGUUAUUGAUGAUUAUUUCUCUGCGAAAUCUAGUGAAGAAGUUAUAGAAGUGAAGGAUGUAUCAUCUGAUGAUAAAGAUGGUAAAUUGCAGUAG